AUGUCGCAACCAGAGUGGCCGUCUCAGGCUCCCUCGGCUCUCAGUAAGCUCAUUCACGACGCCGGCGCAUCAGGGAAUCAACCCACCGCAACCACUAUCCAAGUGCUACAUAAUCUCCAACACCAGCACCUCUGGACCUCUCUCCAAAUCCAUGACAUUUCAGAUAAAUUCAAACAGUAUUACGGCGAUGUUCCUACCGGCGAAUUGCCCAUCAGAAGCUUGAUCUCUGGUCUCCCACCACAUCGCGUCUACACGCACCCAGACGAGCAACUUUAUAUGCUUCAGAACGGGAUCCGGGAAGACGAGCUCCGACCGGAGCGCCUUUUCGUUUUGCCAACUUCACAAGGGAUCACCUUCAGCCUCAGGCUGUAUUCAAUGCUUUGGGGGGAUAAUCUGGAGACAGUAGUUGAGGACGGUGUGAUCACAGGGCCGGUUGUGGGCGAGGGAAAGGAAAAGAAGUUGGAUGAAUAUUACAAAAAGAAGGUAGAAUGUCUGGCUUCUAAGGAAUGGGGCUCGAAGCGCAUCCUGCUUGCUAUGGUAAAUCGGGGCCCUGGAGGUGAUGGAACGGUGGUAUACUAUGUGAUCCAAGAAGGGGAGGUGAAGCCGAGACAAAAUUAG